UGAAAAAGAAUCGAAUCCUUGGCUUUACCCCGGCAAAAAACAUAAAAUUGCCUCUCAUUCUCUUUCUCUUUCUUUUUCCCACUGACGCUUACGUUUUAAACUAAAUAUACACUUCGAUUCUAUAAAGUAGCUAGAUUUAGAAACAAAAUUUCGUACAUUUGGAUAUUUAUUUACACACGAUUCUAUAAAACAUCAUAAAAUAUUGUGGGAAGAGUACAGAUUUGAGAAUGACGAAUCGAUUAUGCGAAUGGGUUUUGAUAUCAUCGAUUGGAUUUGGUGUUUUUGGGAAUUUGGUGUGUGGAUAUGUGUUUGAUGAAACUGAAUACCAUUUCAAUACGACUGAAGCUCUUUCAUUAUUAGAAGCCUCUUCAGCCGCCGCCGCUCCUAAACCGCUGCUUGUCGGCCUCACUCUUAUUCCCGGAGCUGCUGCUAAAGGCGCCGUAUGUUUGGAUGGAACAUUACCUGGGUAUCAUUUGCAUCGUGGAUUUGAAUCUGGAGCGAACAGUUGGCUCAUUCAAUUGGAGGGUGGAGGAUGGUGUAACACUAUUAGAUCGUGUGUUUACCGAAAAACAACAAGACGUGGAUCCUCAAAUCUUUUUGAAAAACAAUUGGCCUUCACUGGAAUUCUAAGCAAUAAGGCUGAAGAAAAUCCAGAUUUUUUCAAUUGGAAUCGAGUAAAGGUCCGUUAUUGUGAUGGUGCCUCUUUUGCCGGCGAUUCAGAAGACAAGGCUCAUAAUCUGCAAUUUAGAGGACAAAAAAUUUGGUUGGCAGCAAUGGAAGAAUUGAUGUCAAAGGGGAUGAGGAAUGCUGAUCAAGCGCUUCUCUCUGGGUGCUCAGCUGGUGGUUUGGCAUCUAUUUUACAUUGUGACGAGUUCCAUUCUUUAUUCUCUGGAAGCACUAAAGUCAAGUGUCUGGCUGAUGCCGGGAUGUUCAUGGACGCGGUUGAUGUAUCGGGGGGACAUACACUAAGGAACAUGUAUGAAGGUGUUGUUACCUUACAGGGUGUUGCUAAAAACUUGUCACCAACUUGCCUCAACCAACUCAAUCCGACUUCGUGUUUCUUCCCUCAACAUGUAGUUCCGAAUAUCAAGACACCUAUGUUUAUUCUCAAUGCGGCCUAUGAUUCUUGGCAGGUUCUCUCCAGUUUAUCAGCUCCAUCAGCUGAUCCAAGUGGUGUUUGGAAGGCGUGUCAAAAGAACCCUGGAAACUGUUCACCAUCUCAGAUGAAUUACCUUCAAGAUUUCAGAAACCAGAUACAGAAAGGCAAGAUACAUGGUUUGCAGAUGAUUCUCCUGUUAUUAACAACAAGGCGAUAGCAUUGGCUGUGGGAGACUGGUUUUUUGAUCGAUCAAGUGUGAAGGAAACAGACUGCCCGUAUCCAUGUGACAAAAGUUGUCACAAUCUUCUAUUUAGAUGAUAAUGCUAGAAUCUAAGACAUGUCUUUAUUUGUUAUUUGUUCAAGAUUUAUGGUAUGAAAUUAUGAAUGAAGAUGAAGAACAACCUGAGACAUGAAUAAACUACAAUCCCUACUUUCUGGCAAAGAAGAAGUGGGGGGUGUUAUUAUAUAUUCAAAUAUUUGUUUUGUGAGAGUAAUGCAUUAUGCAAAGCAUAUCAUUGAUUAUUGACUUCUUGUUAUUUAUAUAUGGUACUCUUUAUAUGGUAUUGUCUUUCGUUUUCAUUCUGUUCAAUGACUUUGGGAAACUGUUAUAAAAAGAUUGACC